AUGUACAGGGGAGGGAACGGGUCGAAGCUGGAGACUGGGCACUUGGAUUGGAAGAGGAUCAAUGAUGCCCUCGACAAGCACUUGGAGAAGUCCUCGCCGUCGACGUCCAGGGGCAUGAUUGGCAAGGACAGGGACAGGCUCACGGUGCCCUCGUCCGCCUCCGGAAACCAUCCGGAGCAACGGUCCUUAACCAAGCACAAGACCUCCGACGAAGAGUUAGAAACAGAUAGGGAAGAAUCUGAUGUCAGUGGUUCUGAUGGAGAAGAUACAUCUUGGAUUUCAUGGUUCUCUAACCUAAGAGGGAACGAUUUUUUCUGUGAAGUUGAUGAUGAAUAUAUUCAAGAUGAUUUCAACUUAUGUGGACUAAGUAGUCAAGUUCCUUACUAUGACUAUGCUCUUGAUCUGAUCUUGGACGUUGAAUCUUCUCAUGGAGACAUGUUCACUGAAGAACAACAUGAGUUGGCUGAAUCAGCAGCAGAGAUGCUCUAUGGCCUGAUCCAUGUUCGAUAUAUAUUAACUAGUAAAGGAAUGGCUGCAAUGCUAGAAAAAUUCAAGAACUAUGAAUUUGGAAGAUGCCCUCGAGUUUACUGUUGUGGGCAGCCUUGUCUUCCUGUUGGACCAUCGGAUAUUCCUCGUUCAGGCACUGUUAAGAUUUAUUGUCCCAAAUGUGAAGAUGUAUACUAUCCAAGAUCAAAGUUCCAUGGCAAUAUUGAUGGAGAUUACUUUGGAGCAACAUUCCCUCACCUGUUUUUGAUGACAUACGGGCACCUGAAGCCUCAAAAACCUUCACACCGCUGCAUUCCGAGGGUGUUUGGUUUUAAACUUCAUAAGCCAUGA